CAAUCCUGGGCGCUGUCUGUCAUCUUCCUCUCCGGCAUUUCUCUCAAAAUAAUAAAAUAAAAACUUCGUUUCCGGCGAGCAAGAAGGGGCAGGAUGGGCUACGUAUGGCGGGUUCGGCUCUCGUCGUUCGCGGCCGGUGCGGCGACGGCGUCAGCGGUGGGCUUCUUGCUCCUUUACAAAGACCACCUCCUGGCCCGCGCCGCCAUCGCCCGACAGGUGGAGGAUGUCAAGAGAAUUUCUGAAAAGCACUAUGAAACCCUGAGUCAUCGGAUCUCAGCAUUCGAAAAUAGAAAAGGAUCAGGAACUAAUAAAGAGGCAUCAGAUUAAUUAUGCACGUUGGGUGUGUACAAUGGUUAAACAAUCUGCCAAUGUAAUUUGUGGUUGCUGCAUGCGUAUUACUGCAGCAUGUAAGCUGUACCAUUUUGCUGUUCAAAUUGCUAUGAAUCCUCAAUGUCAUCUUCAUGGCUUUGUGAGAUGGACAGAGACCAAUAAAAAAAACAAUUUUGUCGUUAA